GAUGUUAAAACCCGCCAUAGUGGCCCAUAUAAGUGUGUCACGUUCUGGGAUCAGCCACUGUAUAUCCAGUUUCAAAUACGCUGGGAUUAGUAUUGUGUCAAAUGGCGAAAGACAAGAAUCAUAUCUCGCUAUGUAGAGUCCAGACUCUAAUCUAUUUACUAGCAGGUGCUGAGGAGGCAAUUUGCCGAUUGUCUAUAAAAAAAAUUGAUGACUAAAACGAAUUUGAAUGUCGUUUUCGAGUAAUACAUAACACUUGCAAUAAAAAUUGCAUCUUGUCGACGUCGUCAUUUUCAUAUCGUAUAUUAAUAGGAUUCUAAAUUACUAACCAUAAAUAAACGCUAUCAAGGCAUCAAUAUUAUCAGUAAAGAUAUUACUUAUAUGCACUCAUAAAUAUGUGAAUUGUUACUUGUUGCACGCUAAAAUACACCCGUUACUCAUUUAUAUCGGUCGGUGAAUAUUCUAUUUCGAAAAUGUUAAUCAAAUUUUUAUUAAGUCUAAGUAUCUUUAUAAUGUGUGAUGGUGCAAGCAUAUUGGUAGUGUUUCCACUAGUCUCUAGAAGUCAUUACAUGGUUCUGCGGCCAUUCGUCGAAGAACUAGCGAAACGAGGACACGAAGUGACAGUUAUUACCGCAAACCCAGCGUAUCCGAAAGGACAAACGCCUGCUAACUACACAGAAAUCGACAUCCAAAAUGAAGCUUUCACUUUCAGAGAUAGCAUGCUAUCACUGGCUAAAGGACACGGCAUACAUCAUCAAGUGAAUCAAAUACUGAAUAUGUUAUACGAAAUAUUCGAUAGAGAACUCAAAUCAGAAGCAUUACAAAAGUUAUUAGGGGAUAAGACGAAAAAAUUUGAUCUGUUGAUACUAGAAGCGUGUGUUAGAACAACUUUGGCACUACAACACGUGUACAAAGCCCCUGUGAUACAAAUAAGCUCGUUUGGAACCCUCGAGUUGAACAACUACGUGCUUGGUUCUACUUCUCAUCCGUUACUGUACCCAACGCUGUUUCAUCAGAAAAUUUACAACUUAACAUUAUGGGAGAAAUUAGAUGAAUUGUACAACCACUAUUAUGCUAUGUAUUUGGAUUAUUAUUACGAGAAGUUGGAAAAUGAAAUGUUGAAGAAACACUUUCCUGAUAUCCCACCUCUGAGUGAAUUAAGUAAUAAUGUGGAGUUGCUGUUUUUGAAUGUUCAUCCAAUUUGGGAGUCUAAUCGGCCGGUGCCUCCUAAUGUGGUUUAUUUGGGAGGACUGCAUUUACAUCAACAGAAGGAAGUUCCUGAAGAUUUAAAAUCAUACCUCGACGCGUCUAAAAACGGCGUGAUUUAUAUGAGUUUCGGCACGAAUGUCAGCCCAGCUCAAAUUCCUGAACAAGUCGUGACAACAUUCCUCAAAGUAUUCGCUCAGUUACCUUACGACGUUGUAUGGAAAUGGGAAAGCGGUGACAUCGUCGGAGCACCAAAGAAUGUUAAGAUAGGAAAAUGGUUUCCACAAAUUGAAUUGCUGCGUCAUCCAAAAGUAAAAUUAUUCGUAACACAAGGAGGUCUGCAUUCCACUGAGGAAGCUAUAGAUGCUGGCGUGCCUAUGAUCGGUAUACCGAUGUUUGGAGAUCAGUGGUUCAACGUUGAGAGACACCUCUACCAUAAGAUUGGAGUGCGUCUUGACAUAGCUAAUAUUAAUGAGGAUAAUUUCAAGAACGCUAUAACAACAGUUAUUGAAGAUGAAAGCUACCGUAACAACAUUUUAGAACUGCGCUCCAUCAUAAACGACCAGCCCCAAAGUUCCCUGGAUCGUGGUAUAUGGUGGACGGAGUACAUACUUCGGCAUGGCAGCGCGAGACUCCUGCGAUCUCCUGCAGCAAACAUGCCAUAUGCUGAAUAUCUACUACUAGACUUAGUUGCAACUAUAUUAAUGGCAUUGGUGUUAGUUUCAGUUGCAUUAUAUAGUUUAAUUAAAGUUGUGGCGAAUAUGUUAAAGAAAAAAGAUAAAGUAAAAUUAAAAUAGAAAUCAUUUUUUAAUUUUAUUGAGA